AGCUGCAACAAACGGCCUGUCAAGCAGGAAAGCAGCCACGUUCGGUCGCUGUUGCGAGUUUGUUGAGAAGCACCAUUUUUCCCCGGUAGUGCCGCCUAAUUUUGUCGAUUUUAUCGGUGAAGCUAGGCAUAUUGUCGGUUCUGGCAGUGUGUUUACGAUGAGUGAUACCAUUAGCUGUACGCCGGAGACUGCGACGUUCGAGGCGCCGCAACUCCAGUUCAACGAGGAUGGCUGGGGUCCGUGCGAGCUGCCGGAUGCGUUCAAGGAUAUUCCUUACCAGCCGUUCAGCAAGAGCGACCGCUUAGGAAAGAUCAGCGACUGGACGGGCACGGCCCAGACGGACAAGAAGUUUUCGAAUAAGUACGCGUCGCAAUUCGGUGGAGGUAGCCAGUACGCUUACUUCCACGAGGAGGAUGAGACGACAUUCCAUCUGGUCGAUAGUGCGCGGAUUCAGAAGCCGCCGCACCAGCGAGGUCGCUUCCGUGGCAAUAUGCGUAACAACCGCUCGGGUCGCGGUCGCGGUGCCCGCGGAGGCGUGCAGGUCGGUGGCAUGACGACCCUGUCGAAGAGUGCAAACAAAAUGCGCGACCAGCGUCGCGGCACCACCCGCAAGUGGGGCAUGCGUGGGCCACCGCCCAAGAUUCGCGAUGCGUCCGUGACGGUGCGCCCGGACUGGGUUACGAUUGAGGAGAUGGACUUCCCGCGGUUGGCCAAACUGUCGCUGCCGAGCGUGAAGGAGGGCGAGGAUAUCAUGACUUGCGGUACGCUCGAGUACUACGACAAGACGUACGAUCGCGUGAACGUGAAGAACGAGCGCCCGCUGCAGAGCGUGGACCGUAUCUUCCAUACCGUCACGACCACGGACGAUCCGAUCAUCCGGCAGCUGUCGAAGACGCACGGCAACGUGUACGCGACCGAUGCCAUCCUGGCGACGAUUAUGUGCUGCACGCGCUCGAACUACUCGUGGGAUAUUGUGAUUGACAAAAUCGGCGGCAAGCUGUUCAUGGACAAGCGCGACAACACCGAGUUCGAUCUGCUGACGGUGAACGAGACGGCUAGCGAGCCGCCGCAGGAGGACGGCAACUCGCUGAACUCGCCGCGCAAUCUGGCGAUCGAGGCCACGUUCAUCAACCACAACUUCAGCCAGCAGGUGCUGAAGAGCGGCGAAAAGGAGCCGAAGUACAAGUUCCAGCAGCCGAACCCGUUCAUCGGCGACGACGAGGACGGUGAGGUGGCCAGCGUGGCCUACCGCUACCGCAAGUGGGAUCUGAACAACGGCAUCACGCUGGUGGCCCGCUGCGAGCACGACGCCGUGCUGAAGAUGCCCCAGGGCGACACCCAGUUCCUGACGAUCAAGGCACUGAACGAGUGGGACUCGAAGAUUGCGAACGCGGUCGAGUGGCGCCAGAAGCUGGACACGCAGCGCGGUGCCAUCCUGGCGAACGAGCUGCGCAACAACUCGUGCAAGCUGGCCAAGUGGACGGUGCAGGCCCUGCUGGCCGGUUCGGAUCAGCUCAAGUUCGGAUACGUCUCGCGUGCGCACGUGCGCGACUCGUCCAAGCACGUGAUUCUCGGCACGCAGCAGUUCAAGCCGCAAGAGUUUGCGAACCAGAUCAACCUGAGCAUGGACAACGCUUGGGGCAUUCUGCGGUGCAUCAUCGACAUCUGCAUGAAGCAGAAGGACGGCAAGUAUCUGAUCAUGAAGGAUCCGAACAAGCCGAUGGUCCGGCUGUACGACAUCCCGGACAACACGUUCGACUCGGACGGCGAGGGUGAGGAGGGCGACGAUGGUGAAGCGUUCCAGCCGAUGUACGGUUAUUCGGCUGCGGCCUCCACGAGUGCUAAUGUGACUGCCGCACAAUCCAACACGUCCGCGACUGUGCCGGACCAGAGCGAAAAGGCGAGCGCUUAACAGGGAGGCUCUGGCAGCUCAGUUUCAUUAGCUACACACAAACUAAACCCAUCUUCCUUCUCCGCCGCACACCAACAGCUUUGUCGGGGCGUGGGAGACGAGCAAUAGUGAGUGAACGUUCAUAAAGGUAUUCAAAUUUAAUAAGAAUAAUCAUAAUAAAAGGAUGAAAACGUCCCUGCCUCAACAUCGGCUAUGGGAUAACCAAAAAAAGAA